CCUCAUCAUUGAUCGAUUAUUUCACACUCAAGUUUUUAAAUUUAGUCGCUUGUCAAUUUUCGUGUAGAGUACAACAUUCAUCCUAAAGAUGAAGUCUUUAAUCGUUUUUGCAGCUUUUUUAAUUUUCAGCGUGGAAAGUGAAAUUUGUGGAAAUUUAAAUCAAUCAGCAAAUCAGUGGCCCUGGACUGUCUCAAUAUUUUCAAAUUCUUCAAACAUGGUUUUGUGCCAGGCAUCAAUAAUCAACAAUAAGCACAUUUUGACAGCUGGACACUGUUUGCAGAAUAUGAAUCCAUCGGGUAUUCAAGUAUAUCCUGGAUUUAUGUCUCAUCGAAGAACUGACAAUCAUCAGUUGGUUUGGCAAGUCGAGCAGAUAAAUCUUCAUCCUGACAUGAAAUUGACAUCGAGAGGAAGAUUCAUCAAUGGUGGAUUUGUUGCUUCGAUGGCAAUUCAUGCAGACUUAGCGAUUGCUACCUUAAAGCAAGAAAUUGAAUUUAAUGAUGUUAUCACGUCUAUAUGUCUGCCAAUUGAUGAUUCAAUUUUGAAUAUUGAAAUUCAUGGCAGCUAUAGUGGAUGGAAUAAGAAUGUAAAAAAUGUUGAAUCUCUCAACACAACCAUUGAUGCGAUUGGAGACGCUGAAAUAUUUGAGGUUGAUGUGGAUGAAAAAAGAAUUGAUUUUGUCACAGGUACUGGAUUUUACAGUCGAAUAAAUUCUUCAUGGAUGAUUGUCGGCUUGAUGACGAUAAGGGAGAGUGAAAAUGACACUGAGAUGAAUAAAUUCAUUAGCAUUCAUAAAUAUGUUAAUUGGAUUACGAAUCUCACUCAGAGUACAUCUUUGCCAUCUACAAACUCUUCUUUUAAUAGCAAUGUUGAAACAAGCACCACUUCAACUGAUUCUUCAUCUUCAAAAACCUCUUCUGAAUCAAACUCAACAACAAUUUCACCAUCAAAUGUUGAAACAACUGCACAUUCUUCUACAUCAGCCCUUCCAUUAACAAAACUCGAGCCUAAAGUUAAUUCAACAAAUAUUCAGCAAUCAACAUCAGUUUCAAUUGAUGAACAUAGCUCAUCCACCCAGUCAUUUAAAACGACGGAUCAACAAACUAAAAUUACUAAUUUAACUAGAAAAGCAUCUCAAGAAAAUGCAUCAUCUACUCAAAAAACUACACCAUCCAUGCCUGACACUAUUCAGACAACAUCAAAAUUCGAUAUAUUAGCACUUAGUUCAGCAGUUCCUGACAUAUCUGUAUCUCAAAACUUACAAUCAACAAAGGCUCCUUUUACAGAACCUUCCACUCCAUCUCAUGAGAAGAAAUCUACUUCAACAAUCUCUUCAAUAUCUCAAGAAUCAACAUUACCUAGAUCAACAGAAACUCCUCUGUCAUUGUUGAGUGAUGCAGUCACAAGAGAACAAAUAUCUAUUUCAAGUAAUUCAACUUCAACAACACCACAAAAAUUAAUUAGCACGGUUGAAAAUAAAAUUGAAAAUUCUACUCCUUUGAUAAGUACUAAUAUUGAUAUGCUAAAGACUGACACUACCACAACAAAUGAAAGAGCCCCAAAAUCUAUGUCAGCAAGUGAGAAAACAAUCGAAAAUGCCUUAAAUGACGUAACAGGAUUAAACGUAAACAUCGAUAGUGUGACUGAAAUACCUAAACACAUUGUUUCUAAUUUACAAGCUGUUUACAACCGUUCAUUUAGUUUAAGACUCCCAGAAGGGAGAGAUUUGAAAGACUUUACCAAUAAUGUCGAUCAACUUAAUGGGAACUUAUCAACAAUUUCGAAUAGUUUGCCUUCUAUUAUUUUAACAACAUUAACAACAACAACUGGAAAUCCUACUGAAAAAGACAUAAUGACAACAACUUUCUGGCCAUCGUUGAAUAGUGUCUUUAAUAUUUCAGAAGCUAGUCCAUCCAUAAUGAACUCAACAGAUUCGAAUGAUAAUUCAACAACGACAAUAAGGAGCGAAGCUAUUGUAAUAGGAGGAAUUGAGCUUACACCAGCUAUGAUAAUCACUGGGGUUUGUGUUGCUUCAUUGCUGAUUCUUUUUACUGUAUUCGGUGUUUUGUCAUUUUCAAAGCCAAUUGCACAUUAAGUUUAAUAAUUUCUUUUGUGAAAUGUUAAUGGACUUCUACUAAAAUUUUAGAUAAAUGCUGAAUUUUUUUUGGAAGCAGAAUCAAGUAGCAAAAAAAUUCAUUUUCUACGUUUUUCACUUUAUGCAGCAAUGUAAAUAAAUUGUGCAGAAGAAAAG